AUGAGCGAUUCACCAUUUCGCAACGUAACCAUUGUUGGAGCCACCGGCACAUUAGGUUAUCGAAUCGCUGACGCUUUUUUGAAUGAUGGAUCUUACAACGUGAAAAUCCUUCGAAAAAAGCCGGAAAACGUAAACGCGAAAGCUAGUUCGUUAGCCGAAAAAUCCUUUUACGAGGUUCAAUUACCACUAUUGACUGCGGCAAAAGAUGCCGGUGUAAAGAGAUUCAUCCCGUCUGAAUUUGGUAGCGAGUAUCAGGGUAUAUCUCAUCCAUUCUCGGACGACAAAGCAAAGUUCCGAGCAGAAGUUGAAAAAAGGUUUGACAUUAAGAAGAAGAAAGCCACGUUCUUUACGGAUCCAAACUUAACUAUUUCUACAACUUCUUUACAUGAUGUUGGUAAAUACACUGUUGAGUCACUUAAAAUCCCAGAUGCUCGGAACGCUCGUAUCAGAGUUGCUGGCGCCACAUUGUCAUUCAAUGAGUUGCUUAAAAAGUUUGAAGAAGCUUCUGGGUCCAAGUGGGAAGUUGUUGAAGAUAGGGAAAUACGAAAACGUUUCCGAGAAAAGAUCGACCCAGUUCCCUCAUCAAUUGAGGAAUUGAAAGCCCAUAUUUGCGAAAACGCGCGAUUCGCAAAGACAGAUAACGAUAAAUUCAGCUUCACUCCUAUUUCUAUCACUGAUGCUAUAAAAGCAUUAGUGAAGGACGCUUAA